GAGGAAGAUGAUUUCGCGCCCAGCAGCACACCCGGCUACAAGGUCGGUGCGGCCAAGUCUGCCGACGAGUAUGCCCAGCUCGACGCGGAGGAUGAGAGUCUUGCGCGCUGGAAAGCGAGCUUGGGUAUCGCCCCUGGUGCUUCGGGUCCCGCGGCAGGUCCCAAGGUCACCAUCCUUACACUGGAGCUCGCCUCCCCAACCCUUCCUCCCGGCAAGCACCUCGUCAUGAACCUCCAGGACCAGAACGCGCUCGUGAACAUCAAGAAGAACCCGAUCACGAUCAAGGAGGGCAUCGAGUACAACGUCCGGAUUAACUUCAAGGUCAACCACUCGAUCAUCUCUGGCGUCCGGUAUAUGCAGGUUGUGAAGCGAUCGGGUGUCAAGGUCGACAAGAUGGAACAAAUGCUCGGCUCAUACGGUCCCCACCCGAAGGGUGAGGCGUAUGUUAAGAACUUUGACGCGGAGGAGUCUCCUUCCGGCAUGAUCGCUCGUUCUGGAACCUACCACGUGCGGAGUCGGGUUGUUGACGAUGACGGCGAGGUUUACGCUGAUUGGGAAUGGUGCUUCAAGCUUGGAAAGGAGUGGUAA